AGAGUUGAAACUUGAAACCUGAAACGAAGUCGCUUUUCGACGAAGGCUUGGCCGGCCAGCUCUCGCGUUUCUUCCACGCCGGCGUUGACAUGCGCCUCCUCCGCUGCCGCAGAAGCUUCAAGCCACCGCCGCGGAAAUGGCUCUCCGCGGCGUUCUCGGAGACGGCCUCCUCCGCGACGAACGCCUCGCCCUGCGCGUACCGCCUGCUCGCGCUCCUCCGGGGCUGCGUCGCGCCGUCCCACCUCCCGCUUGGUCUCCGAAUCCACGCGCGCGCCGUCACCUCAGGCCUCCUGGACGCCGCUGGGCCUGGGCCGGCCGCGCUCCAGACGCGGCUCGUCGGCAUGUACGUCCUCGCGCGCCGCUUCCGCGACGCCGUCGCGGUCUUCUCCUCGCUCCCGCGCGCCGCCGCCGCCGCCGCGCUCCCCUGGAACUGGCUCAUCCGCGGGUUCACCAUGGCCGGGCACCACCGCCUCGCCGUGCUCUUCUACGUCAAGAUGUGGGCGCACCCCUCCUCGCCGCGCCCCGACGGCCACACUCUCCCGUACGUCGUCAAGUCCUGCGCCGCGCUCGGCGCGCUCCACCUCGGCCGCCUCGUGCACCGCACCACGCGAGCGCUCGGGCUGGACCGCGACAUGUACGUCGGGAGCGCGCUGAUCAAGAUGUACGCGGACGCCGGGCUCCUCGACGGCGCGCGCGAGGUAUUCGACGGAAUGGACGAGCGGGACUGUGUCCUGUGGAAUGUCAUGAUGGACGGGUACGUCAAGGCCGGUGACGUGGCUAGCGCGGUGGGGCUGUUCAGGGUCAUGAGGGCGUCCGGUUGCGAUCCCAACUUCGCAACUCUGGCGUGCUUUCUGUCCGUGUGUGCUGCGGAGGCUGACUUGCUCUCGGGGGUGCAGCUCCACACCCUGGCGGUGAAGUAUGGGUUAGAGCCAGAGGUGGCUGUGGCUAACACGUUGGUGUCAAUGUACGCCAAAUGCCAGUGCUUGGAGGAAGCCUGGAGGUUGUUUGGUCUGAUGCCGCGAGACGACUUAGUAACCUGGAACGGGAUGAUAUCUGGGUGCGUUCAGAACGGGCUUGUGGAUGAUGCAUUGAGAUUGUUCUGUGAUAUGCAAAAGAGUGGUCUUCAGCCUGAUUCAGUUACAUUGGCGAGCUUGUUACCAGCUUUGACUGAGUUGAAUGGUUUCAAGCAGGGGAAGGAGAUACAUGGUUACAUUGUCAGGAACUGUGCGCACGUGGAUGUCUUCUUGGUGAGUGCUUUGGUGGACAUAUAUUUCAAGUGCAGGGAUGUAAGGAUGGCACAGAAUGUUUUUGAUGCUACAAAGUCCAUUGAUGUUGUUAUUGGUAGUACAAUGAUAUCAGGUUAUGUUCUCAAUAGGAUGAGUGAAGCGGCAGUGAAAAUGUUUCGGUACCUGUUGGCACUCGGCAUCAAACCAAAUGCUGUCAUGGUAGCUAGCACGUUGCCAGCAUGUGCUAGCAUGGCCGCUAUGAGGAUUGGUCAGGAACUCCAUGGGUAUGUUCUAAAAAAUGCAUAUGAAGGAAGGUGUUAUGUGGAGAGUGCACUAAUGGACAUGUAUUCAAAAUGCGGCCGACUUGAUCUGAGCCAUUAUAUGUUCUCUAAGAUGUCUGCUAAGGACGAGGUAACAUGGAACUCGAUGAUUUCAAGCUUUGCACAGAAUGGAGAACCUGAAGAAGCUCUUGACCUGUUUCGUCAAAUGAUUAUGGAAGGAGUAAAAUACAAUAAUGUGACGAUAUCUUCCAUCCUAUCGGCAUGUGCAGGCUUACCAGCUAUAUAUUAUGGAAAGGAGAUUCAUGGUAUUAUCAUAAAGGGUCCCAUAAGAGCGGACUUGUUUGCUGAGAGUGCCCUCAUAGAUAUGUAUGGCAAAUGUGGGAACUUAGAAUUGGCUCUUCGUGUUUUUGAACACAUGCCUGAGAAGAAUGAAGUGUCAUGGAAUAGUAUAAUCUCUGCCUAUGGGGCUCAUGGUCUUGUUAAAGAGUCAGUGGAUUUACUAUGCUGCAUGCAAGAGGAAGGAUUCAAGGCAGAUCAUGUCACAUUCCUUGCAUUGAUAUCUGCUUGUGCUCAUGCUGGACAGGUUCAAGAAGGACUCCGACUGUUCCGUUGCAUGACUGAAGAAUAUCAUAUUGAACCUCAAGUGGAACAUUUAUCUUGUAUGGUUGACUUAUAUAGUCGGGCUGGGAAGUUGGAUAAAGCCAUGCAAUUUAUUGCUGACAUGCCUUUCAAGCCGGAUGCUGGUAUUUGGGGUGCUCUUCUUCAUGCUUGCCGUGUGCAUCGCAAUGUUGAACUUGCAGAGAUUGCUUCCCAAGAACUAUUCAAAUUGGAUCCUCAUAAUUGUGGUUAUUAUGUGCUCAUGUCCAAUAUCAAUGCUGUUGCUGGACGAUGGGAUGGUGUGUCAAAAAUGAGAAGAUUGAUGAAGGAUAAGAAAGUUCAGAAGAUACCUGGCUACAGCUGGGUAGAUGUUAAUAAUACCAGCCAUUUAUUUGUUGCAGCAGACAAAAAUCACCCCGAUUCUGAAGAAAUUUACAUGUCUUUGAAGAGCCUUAUUAUAGAAUUAAAACAAGAAGGUUAUGUUCCUAGACCGGACGUAUGUUAUACCACACAACCGGUCGACAUCACCCAGGUAAUGGCAAUUUGAUUGUGAUGUUUCCCAGUGGAAGUCAUCUGAUGUUCUCAUGGUGAUAAAAGUAGAACUCAUUGUUAUGCAAAUUGUUGCAUAGAGCAAAGCAAGCUUCAAAUGCAUUAUGGUUCAAUGUUUAUAUGUCAAAAGAGAAUUCAAAUGACACAUGGGAUGUGUCAGAUCCAUCUUGGUCCUGUAUCUCCUAUACAUAGGUUGACAGGACCAUCAAGACCUAAGAACAUGUGAGCUUCAACGUUUUCACAGCAAGCUCGGAAUGUUUGAUUAUCUUUCUUUCAAAUAUGAUCAUGGAUAAAACAAGGUUUGACGAUGAAAUUUAUGCGACCUGUUGAGUCAGUCGGUCAUUUUAAAUGGCCUAAAGAUGCUUGAAUUCAUGUUGCAGGGGUUUGCACCUAGAACAGUGGACUCCUUGACUGGUGGUAUGGCUUGGAGAUAUCCAAUAGUUCUGUUCAAAUCAUGACAAGAAAUAUUCUUGUCUAAUGAAUAAUUCACUAUAUGGUAAAAUUAUCAUGAGGUGAUAAACAAGUUCAGAUCAUUUGGAAACCUUGGGCGCUGCAUCUGUGCAAGACUCUGGGGAUUUCUUGUCGCGUCCAGCAUCCUGUCCAAGAAUUGCACGAACUGGCGAUCUUCAUGAGCAACCCGUGGAUCCGAAAACCUAUCGAGGCUAUCCUGAUCCUGCACAAUUCCAGUAAAGAUCGUAGAUAAGUAGACGAACUCUUCAAGAGAAGUAGUAGACACAUGGUACUAACCAUCCUCCAGAAAUACAAGUGUUUAUUUGUACAGAAGUAGGGGUAUGUGCAGCCACCAAGCGGGCUUCCCAUUAAAGAGGUGGUUAACAUUUGCAUAAGGUCACCAUUGGAAUGAAACUGUAAAUAAAACGAUAUUUGUAUUUCUUUGUUUCAAACAAAAGCUACCUAAAAAAAUGUUCAGAUUAAUUUGGUUAAGAGAAUGAAAAAAACGAAAGAUGAUUCAUGAGUAUUGA